UCGUUCCUUUUGCUGACGUCAUCAAGGCGCUGGAACUCAGUGAUAGUGAUGUUGUGGUUGUCCAUGCCGCCGAGGUCCCCGGUAGCUUACGUGUGAAAAUCUAUUUUAGACCAGUGUCCCCCCGCAUGGAGUUGAGCGCGGACCCGGUGGUGGCAACCUUGGAGAUGUCGGAGAUUAAAAGUAAAGAUACCGAGUCGUCGGAAGGCGACGGUGACUACGAGAGUUUGCCACCUCAUGUCUCAAUAACGACCCACAUGACAGCAGGAGCCGUGGCAGGAAUACUGGAGCACACGGUGAUGUACCCUGUGGACUCUGUCAAGACCAGAAUGCAGAGCCUCCAACCGGACCCCAAGGCCCAGUACAGCAGUGUGUACGAGGCCCUGAGGAGGAUCGUCCGGACGGAGGGCCUCCUCCGGCCCUUCAGGGGCCUCAACAUCACCAUGAUGGGUGCCGGCCCUGCUCACGCCCUGUACUUCGCCUGCUACGAGAGGGUGAAACGCAAGCUGAGCGACAUCAUCCAGAACGGGGGCAACAGCCACAUAGCCAACGGGCUGGCUGGUAGCGUGGCAACAGUCCUGCAUGACGCCAUCAUGAACCCUGCGGAAGUGGUGAAGCAGAGGAUGCAGAUGUACAACUCUCCCUACCGGGGCUUUCUGGACUGCGUGCGGACGGUCCGUCAGACCGAGGGCCUGGCCGCCUUCUACCGUAGCUACACCACCCAGCUGACCAUGAACAUCCCCUUCCAGGCGGUCCACUUCAUGACCUACGAACUGAUGCAGGAGCGCCUCAACCCCCACAGACAGUACCACCCCGGCAGCCACAUCAUCUCCGGGGCGGCUGCCGGGGCCGUGUCGGCCGCCGUCACCAACCCCCUGGACGUGUGCAAGACCCUGCUCAACACGCAGGAGAACGUGGUCCUCAACUCCAUGAACAUUAGCGGUCACCUGACCGGCAUGGCCAACGCCUUCAGGACGGUGUAUCGCCUGGGGGGCAUGCCUGCCUUCUUCAAAGGGGUGCAGGCGAGGGUGAUCUACCAGAUGCCCUCCACAGCCAUCGCGUGGUCGGUCUACGAGUUCUUUAAGUACUUUCUGACCAAGCAGCAGUUGGAGCACGAGGCUGGGUCUGGGCCAGCCUGAGGUGGGGUGAGUGGGGGUGGAGGACCCCCCCGCUCCCCCCAACCCCCCCGCUCCCCCCAACCCCCCGGACAGGAGAAAAAAAAUCCACCAGUAGUAUCAAAUCAAUGCAAAAUGCCUCUGAAGAAAAGGCAAUGUGUUUCUGUGUGCUGUUGUAUAAUAAUGUCAGUGUAUUCUCUCAAAAGGGAAGCCACUAGGGUCCGUGGAAGUUUCCGGGGUAUCGACAGAGCGUGUCCCUCGUGAAACUUACCUACCCAAGCAGCUCGGCGCAGUAGCAGAGGCUGUUACGUGAACAGGAAACGCACAAAGAUCAUCCAUCUUUCUGGAGAAGCAAACAAGCGUAAAGGGCAUCUUCAAACAAGGACACUCCGUUUUUAUUUUUAUUUUUUGCCAGAGCUCCUUACACAACAUUCUCCUCGCUGUGUGUGUGUGUGUGUGUGUGUGUGUGUGUGUGUGUGAGAUUGUGUUUGGCUUCAUUUAUAUGUUUAUACAUCUGAAAUGGAAGUGUUUUAUUUAUUUCAGUUGAUUUCCUGGACCUGACGUUUUAUGGUUUUGGAAGAAGCGCACAGUUGUUUGCUUGUUUUAUUUCCUUGUAUAUUUAUAAAGGACUGUUUGAUUGAAUUCCUUAGUUUCACUGCACAGUAACCACAGAACAAUUGGGCUUUUAAAGUGCCUCUUAAUUGUUGAAGGCUGCCUCUUCAACUAAGUUUGUUCCCUGGUAGAAAGGAUUGGUAUAGAUCCUUAUCACCCUUAUCUCUGCUUUCAGAAGGGCUUCUUAUUAUAUUUGGGUGUCUUUGUCAUGUGAUUCAACAAAACACAUCAUUUCCCUAAACAAAAGAAUAGUAACAAACAGUGCUUGUGAAAACAAGAUGUACCAAAUAGAAUCCUGUUAUUUGUCUUAAUAGAGAAAGGUUGGCAACUGAUUUAAUAUAUUUUCUACAACUGCUCUGUGCUUUCCCUUACUAAGGAACAGUUCCUGUGAUACCUACUGUUUGGACUGCUUUGCAGUUCACACCCUGAAAUAUAUAGCAUCUUCCCUGUGGACCAGUGCUUUUAGCCUGAAUACAACUGAAGGUGUCUGAUCUUUUGACCACAGGAAGUGAUUUGUCUCUUUGCAUUCCUCGAUUCCUUUGCAUAUCAAAGGAAUAUAAGCCGCAACAGGUCCAACGUUAACCUUGUUUUAGCGAAGUAUGAUGCUCUUAAAUCACGCACAAUAUUAUUUAGUGUUAGCGUAAAGGGUAUAAAUAUCUUCGAUGUUGCAGAGUAAAGGCAGCUUUUUAUAUAUUUUUGCAAGUGAUCGUUUCCUAGGGACUUCAUUAUGCAAGUGCACCAGACCUGUCUGAGGCUGCCUCAAAGCUUCACGCCGAUACAUCUGUGAUGUUGUUAAGAGAAAGAUUUUAAAUAUGAAUUUAGUUUGUUAUAUAGAUGGUUUAAAGCUAUGGAAUAUUUAACAUGAAACCGGGCAAGUUUAUUCCUACUGGAGCAGCCUUGUGUUCUCAGUGUUCCGGAGAGAACUUUAGAGUUCUUUUGAGUUUGAGUUUAGCUGGGUCAGUUAAUCAGUGGAGUUGGCCAGUUUGUGACCAUGGAAACCGUAAUAACGGCAGGCCGAAUCAGCUGGUUGGCAGACUGCGGUUCUCCUCUCCUCUGUCCCAUUUCACUCACAAACUUCCUUUUCUCUGCUUGCUCUCUCGUCCUCUCUCCUUCUCUCCCUUGGUAGUCAGACAUUCCUCCAUUGCUGUAAUCCACAAAGCCGAAAGAUUUGUUUGUUUGCCUUUCAUUAAAUGCUUAGUUUUCUUGUCUUAUUUUCUUCCACCAGUGAAAUACAGAGGUUUCUGUGAUAUUCACUCACGCACAUGUAUUCCUAGAUACUGACCCAAAGAUAGGCCUUAUGUCUCCUGCUUCUCCCUCAGAAAACCUCUAGUUUUGAUGUUGGAAGGAAAUUGUGAACUGAACUACUUACGUCUGUCUUUAAUAUCCAUUUAAUUAGCAGGCUCUCAUUCCAUUUGUUCUCUGCUGCCAAAAUAGCUUUACCAUUUUAGAGUUUCCUUUCUGCUUUAACUAAACUUGCCAUUUAACUGUUUCUAGACUGAUGUAUGAAAUGUUGAGGUGUUGCCUCAGCGCACUAUGAAGGGUAGGAUACCUUCCGGAUGUCUCCGUUGAGGUGAUUGGUUGUGGAACGCUGUGUUUCAAGUGGGACUUAUAGGUUACGACGCAUUGAUGCUGCAGUAUUUAUUAUGGAGAAAUAAGAUUACACAGCGCUCCACGUUUUAUAUUGCUUCCGUUUUUUUUUUUUUUUUCCCCGCCUCAUUUUAUAGACCCUAUAUGCAAUAGAUCAUAUCUGUCCAUGUCAUGGCAGUGUAAAUAUGCAACAUAAUAAUCACAUUGGUUGCUCAGAGGUAGCCCUAUUCUGUGGAGUCUUAAAUCCUACACUGAAGGCCUUUUGGGAUUGAUUCAAACAGAUACUCUAUCUCUCAAGGCCUCUUUAUACAGACUUGUAUAAAUCCCAUAGGUCAUUUAGGACUUUAAGGAUCCCAUCGCAAUAUUGUUUUGAUGUUCGACCACUACUCAUAUUUACAAGAAAUAUUGGCUUAGAAUUGGGCUUUGAUGGUCACUGGUUGAGCUACAAUUGGGGACAUCUGGUUUGGUCAUAUUCAUGAACCAUUCAGAACAGAUUGGACAGUGUCUGAUCCGUUUGUACAUGCCCAGUAGGGUUCCCACUCCUGAACGCUGGCCUGGGGCGGAACGAGACGACCGUGUUAGUAUGGGUAGUCAGAGUGUGCUUGUUUUGUUUUGUUAGUCAAGAUUCAAUAAUUAAAAAUUAAUUCCAGGGAUGUUUGUCAUGUAAAUUUCCAGCUGCUUUGUACGCACAACAAAAUGAUGGUGAAACUGGGAUGAUUAAUGACUUUAUAGUGCCAUCUACAGUACGAGAAUGUUUAACAUUUUGAAUUAAGACCAUGCAGAUGUGAAAUAAUUGUGGUAAAGCUGCUACAGUAUGUAACACUGGAGCCGAAAUAAAAUACAGAUGAUUAAUGAA